UUUCGUGCAUUUGUGCCUUGGGACGAUUUUACACUAGCUCGCACCAGUGUUGUGGCACUGCAAGUGGAGUUCGACAGUGAGUGCAAAGUGGAGAUAAUGGUUUGGCGAGGAGGUAGCCAAAUCCCAGAAAACUUUAUGGAUUUGUUCAGUAAACGGAUAAUCCCUCCAACAUAUUAUGAAAGCGACGCGAAUGGAGAACGUUGGAUUCUACCAGAGAAAAACUCACUAACUAUGCGUUCGUUUGAUUCCGAAGAUACUGAAAGUCCAAUUCCAAUAUUUCAAGAUGUUGUAAAAAUUAUAAAAUACGUUACCACUAGUACCAGUUUGACAGAGGCAUUAAAGAACUUAUUUGUCGAUUUGAUAAAUCCAAUUCUACGAAUGUUAGGAAUGGCACCAACAAGUUGGUCAAAGAUCGGCGAUACGCUCAUAAGGCAUGUUUUGAAUUUUUUCCAAAACUCAGCACUAUCAUCACUAGUUAAACUUCCAAGUGCACUGCUUUCAAACCGAAUUUUUGGUGAAAGUGACGAAGACUUCUCUGAUGGUUCCAAUGCGUGGUCGAUGCCACAAUUCUUUGGAGAUUACAGCUGGAAUAAAUGA